CCAGAGAACAAAGCGCGCCAAAUCAUCGAACCCUUCCUUUAUAAUUUGCCCUCACUUCCUCCUCCUCCAUCACCAUCACCACCACCAUAAUGGGCAAGCAAAAACAACAAGUGAUCUCUCGCUUCUUUGCUCCCAAAUCCAAAACCCCAUUAAACCCUUCCACUUCUUCUCCUUCCUCUUCUUCAAACCCAGAGGCAGAGCCCUCUCUCCGAAACCCGCCAACCCCACCUCCCAAAAUCUCAGCCACAGUCACUUUCUCACCCUCCAAACGCCGCCGUAGUUCCCAACUCUCCUCCCGAAAUCCCAAACCUUCAAAACUCCCCAAACUCUCCCCUCACACCCAAAACCCCAUUCCCAACCUCAACCCUUCUCUUCACCAAAAAUUCCUAGACAAACUUCUAGAGCCUUCUCCAACCCCUUUAGAACAAACCCCAAAAACCCAAUCUUCCUGCAAAACCAAGUACACCCCAUUGGAACAACAAGUUGUGGACCUAAAGAACAGGUACCCAGAUGUUCUUUUGAUGGUAGAAGUUGGUUACAGGUACAGGUUUUUCGGCCAGGAUGCCGAAAUUGCUGCCAGGGUGUUGGGGAUUUAUGCACAUUUGGAUCGCAAUUUCAUGACUGCAAGUGUGCCAACUUUUCGAUUAAAUGUCCAUGUGAGGAGGCUUGUGAGUGCUGGGUAUAAGGUUGGGGUGGUUAAGCAGACUGAGACGGCGGCUAUUAAGGCUCACGGGGAGAACCGGGCGGGACCCUUUUGCCGGGGAUUAUCAGCAUUGUACACGAAGGCCACGCUGGAGGCGGCCGAGGAUUUGGGGGGAGAGGAGGAGGGGUGUAGGGGAGAGAGUAAUUAUUUGGUGUGUGUCGCGGAGAAGAGUGUGUUGGAAAAGAACAUGGAGUGUGGAUUGGAGAGUGGGUUUGAUGUGAAAAUUGGAAUGGUGGCUUUGGAGAUAUCGACAGGGGACGUUGUUUAUGCAGAAUUCAAUGAUAAUUUUAUGAGGAGUGGGCUUGAAGCUGUGGUUUUGAGCCUGUUGCCAGCCGAGUUGCUUCUUGGGGAGCCGCUCUCUAAGCAAACAGAGAAGUUGUUACUUGCUUAUGCCGGACCUGCCUCAAAUGUCCGUGUUGAGCAUGCCUCGCUAGAGUGCUUUAAAGAUGGUGGUGCACUUGCCGAAGUGAUGUCUUUAUAUGAGAACAUGAGUGAAUAUAAUCCAGCAGAUAAUCCAAAACAAAGCACAGAAGUUAUAGAGCAGGGAAGCCAUCGUUUCGCAAUUGAGGGAAUUAUGAAUAUGCCAGAUUUGGUUGUCCAAGCAUUGGCCUUAUCUAUUCGACAUCUAAAACAGUUUGGUUUUGAAAGAAUUUUGUGUCUAGGAGCUUCAUUUAGGCCCUUCUCAAGCAAUGUAGAGAUGACCCUCUCAGCAAAUACACUUCAACAGCUGGAGGUUUUGAAGAAUAACAGUGAUGGGUCUGAGUCUGGCUCCUUGCUGCAGUCUUUGAAUCGUACUCUUACUAUAUUUGGUUCAAGGCUUCUCAGGCAAUGGGUAACUCAUCCUCUAUGUGAUAGAAACAUGAUUUCUGCUCGUCUGGAUGCUGUUUCUGAGAUUUCAGAAUCCAUGGGGUCUUCAAGAGCUUCGCAAAAUAUUGGAGGGCUAGAUGGGGAAGAUUCUGAUAUAACAAUUGUACAACCUGAGUUUAGUUAUAUACUUUCUUCAGUUUUGACAAAUUUAGGAAGGUCACCUGAUAUUCAACGUGGAAUAACAAGAAUCUUCCAUCGGACUGCCACCCCAUCUGAGUUCAUUGCAGUUAUUCAAGCUAUUUUAUAUGCUGGAAAUCAACUUCGGCAACUUCACAUUGAAGAUGAGGACAACAGCAAUAAUAUGAGAGCAAAGACAGUGCACUCCGGGCUGUUGAGAAAGUUGAUUUUGACUGCGUCAUCAUCCAGUGUAAUUGGCAAUGCUGCGAAACUGUUGUCUACUCUUAACAAAGAAGCAGCUGAUGAAAAUGAUCUGCAAAAUUUAAUUAUCAUAUCUAAUGGCCAAUUUCCUGAGGUUGCUAGAGCUCGGAAAGAGGUUCAAUUGGCAAAGGAGAAAUUGGAUUCUCUGAUUGAUUUGUAUCGCAAAAGGCUUGGAAUGCGCAAGUUGGAAUUUGUUAGUGUGUCUGGAACAACACAUUUGAUAGAGUUGCCCUUAGAUCUAAAGGUGCCUUUGAGUUGGGUUAAAAUAAAUAGUACCAAAAAAACGGUUCGCUAUCACCCACCUGAAGUAUUGACUGCAUCGGAGCAGUUAUCCCUGGAAAAAGAGAAGCUAAAUGUUGCCUCUAAAGCUGCUUGGGAUAGCUUUCUAAAGGAAUUCAGUAAAUAUUAUGCCGAGUUCCAAGCAGCUGUUCAAGCACUGGCUACUUUGGAUUGUCUGCAUUCACUUGCCAUUCUUUGCAGAAAUAAGAAUUAUGUUCGUCCAGAUUUUGUCUAUGAUGAUGAACCUGUUCAGAUACAUAUCCAUGCUGGUCGGCACCCGGUCUUGGAUACUACAUUACAAGACAAUUUUGUUCCAAAUGACACAAAUUUGCAUGCUGACAGAGAGUAUUGCCAAAUUGUUACCGGACCCAACAUGGGUGGAAAGAGUUGCUAUAUUCGCCAAGUUGCUCUCAUUGCUAUCAUGGCUCAGGUUGGUUCCUUUGUACCUGCAUCAUCAGCAAAACUCCAUGUGUUAGAUGGUAUCUACACCCGAAUGGGUGCUUCUGACAGUAUCCAACAAGGUAGAAGCACCUUUCUUGAAGAGUUAAGUGAGGCUUCACAUAUAAUCCAUAAUUGCACAGCACGUUCGUUGGUUAUCAUUGAUGAACUUGGAAGAGGCACAAGUACGCAUGAUGGUGUAGCUAUUGCUUAUGCUACAUUGCAUUAUCUACUAGAGCAGAAAAGAUGCAUGGUCCUCUUCGUCACCCACUACCCCAAAAUUGCUGAUAUUAGAACUGAAUUUCCAGGCUCUGUGGGGGCAUACCAUGUGUCAUAUCUGACCUCACAUAAAGAUAUUAAAGAUACGGAUAUGGUUGACUCAACAACAGAUCAUGAAGAUGUUAUUUACCUAUAUAAGCUAGUGACUGGUGUUUCAGAGAGAAGUUUUGGAUUUAAAGUUGCUCAGCUUGCACAGCUACCUUCUUCAUGUGUUAGUCGAGCCACUGUCAUGGCUUCCAGGUUGGAAGUGCUGGAAAGCUGCAGGACAGGAAAUAGAUUGGAAAAUAAGCGGUUGCUAGAGAAACUGCUGAUCGAUAAUGAACAAAAAUCACAAGAGAACAUGUUGGAAACUCCUGUGUGCUUCCAUCAAGGAGGGGCAGGGGAUUUAGAAGACAUAUAUAAUGCUUACAAGGAAUUUUUUCUGAACUUGAAAGCCGGCAUAUCUGAUGAUGACCUUGCAAGAAGCUUCCAGUUUUUAAACCAUGCUCGAAGCAUUGCAAAGGAUUUAAUAAGCAGAUAAAAGGACAUUCCUGAAAAGUGAGAUGGCAUGUAUAUUUUGGAGAGGGGAGCAACAUUUAUAGCAAUUGAGGCUAGUUCAAAUGAAGAAUUUCUUCAGUUUUGUAGAUAAUAAUUUUGUGUUUAGUACAUCAUUCCUGCUCUCUCUCUCUCUCUUCUCAAUAUUUUUAGUCAAAUAUAGUCUCGUUUUCUAUUUAUCUGAUUACCACAUGUUGUAAUUAGCACAAGAUUAUCUAAUGCACUCUUGCAAGUUGCAUCUAGAGAACCUAAUUAGUGAAUUGAGAUGUAAAUUAUUACUAAUAUUAUCAUUAUAUGAAGAUGGUGGGGGUUCUUUUCUCUAUU